AUGUCUAAUCCGAUCUUACCUCUUUCCGGACCCAGUUCGGGAUCAUACUCCGGAGGAGGAGGAGGAGGAGGAGGGUCGGAGUGGGCUUCGCUGGGUGUCAGUGUGGGUGAAAGUAGGAAUAGAGGUUUACCUCUGGUUUUGAGAAGGUUGACAAAGUUUAGGAGUAUGGACUUCGAACUUGCUUUUUGGCAACUAACAUAUCUCGUGGUAGCUCCACGAAGGGUAUAUAAACAGACAUACCAUCACAAACAAACGAAAAAUCAGUGGGCAAGAGAUGAUCCGGCGAUGUUAUUACUCAUAGCUGGAUGUAUAGGAGCCGCAGGAAUAGCUUGGUCAAUAUUAUAUCGUUUCCAACCUUUAAAAGCUUUAUACACAAUAUCAAUAAUGAUAUUUCGUGAUUUUUUAUUAUUCUCAUUGAUAACGUCAUUCAUAUUAUAUACUAUAUCAAAUAAACUAUUGAUAACCUCAUCUUCUUCUUCUUCUUCUUCAUCAUCGUCAUUACAAUUAUCAGAUAAUAAAGUUGAAUUCGCAUAUUCUUUUGAUGUAGCUGUUAAUUCUUUUUUCCCAUUUUUCUUGACUGUUUACAUCGGUUUAUUACCUAUCAUAGCUGUUGUCACGAAAGAUAAUUGGGUCUGUCUAUGGGUCGGAAACACCCUAUUCCUCAUAGCUCAAGUACAGUACAUCUACGUCACAUAUCUAGGUUAUGUGGCAUUACCAUUCGUAGCAAGAUCAGAAAUCCUUCUAUCACCUUUAUUACCUAUUUUCGGUGGUUACCUCUUGAGUUUAUUAGGUUUCAAUAUCGCUAAACACGCUUUAGAAGCUUAUUUCGGUCAGACUUGGAAGUAG